UCAUAAUUCCAAAAACCUAGUUAAUUAACCUAAAACCGCAAUUUACCACGAUCCAAACAAACCCUCAUCCCCUCUCUCUCUAUUCUCUCCCUCUCUAGAAUUGGCGACGCGCAGGGAUUCGCCGAUUUGGGUUGCUUUGAAGAGUUUUCAAGUUUUGAUUCUAUAGUAUAAGAAAGAAUGGAUGAGCAUAUUUUGAAAAGUUUUAAUGGUGGUGGCGAUAAAAAGCAUUAUUUAUCUACUAUGUCUGCCCAAGACAUGUCUCCCAAGGAAGGCUUCGAAACUACCAAUCUUUUCUCUUAUGAUUAUAGAACACAACAUGUUGGUGGUAAUACUUGUCGCGGGUUGUUGUAUUUCAAUUUUGAUGACCAAAUUGUUCUUUGCAACUUAAGAACUAAAGAGCUGAAAUUUGUUGCUCCGCCCAAGAAACCCAUUCCAUCUCACACCUGGUUCAAUGGUUGUGGUCUCGGAUACGAUUCUAAAUCUGGCGACUACAAGUUGAUACGAAACUAUUAUCGAUGGUCCUGCUGCAAUGGAGGAGACGAUGAAGAUGAAGAUAGUGAAUAUUUUUAUCAACAUCGUUGUGGUCCUCACGAGGAAAAAACUGAGUUGUAUUCGCUUAAAAGUGAUUCUUGGAAGGAGAUUCCAACUCCUGAUGCUUAUAUUGACCUCAUUCACAUGUGUGGUGUGUAUGUAGAGGGGAGUUGUUAUUGGCCAGCACGACAAGGUUCGGCCUUUGGUGGUCGACGAUCACGUGAAGACGUAUGUGAUAUUCUAUCAUUUGACUUUACUGAUGAAAGUUUCUCUUGGAUUCCUUCACCGAUUAGUGAUUAUAGGUUCGAAUAUGAUCUUGUCGAGUGUCGUGGGUUUUUGGGUGCUAUUGCGUAUGAAAAUACCUAUGGAAGUCCCAAGUGUGGAGUCAAUUCUUUUGAGCUUUCGGUAUGGAAAGAAAGGUCGUGGGCCAAAUCAUUUGUUGUUGCGGUUUAUGGUAUUGAAAAACCGUUGGGAUUGAUAGAUGGUCGUUUUCUCUUUCUUAAAAGAAAAAGAGUAGAUCAGUUACUAGUUUAUGAUUAUAUUACGAAAGAGAUGAAGAAACCAGAUAUUGAUGCUCAUGCACAAAAUGUGAGUGUUGUUUCUUAUGUUGAGAACAGAGUUGUGCUUCAUUGUCUGAUCUUCCACAUCAGAAAGGAUUUCUUGAGAAAGAUCCGGGCGGGGUGUCUCUUGCGAGACGACUGUUCAUUUUGGUGGAGAAGCGUGCAAGUCAAAGAUGCGCUGAUACAAUCUGGGUUACACAAGGCCCUGAAAGGACGUCCGGGUGCAGUCAAAAAGCCUGGUGCAGAUGAUGACGCAAACAACAAGUCCGGUAUGAGUGAUGAAGAUUGGGAGGAUCUGGAUCUGAAGGCGGCAAGCACAAUUCGUCUCUGCUUGGCCAAGAAUGUACUUGCAAAUGUACAUGGGAUUUCGAGUGCGAAGGAGCUUUGGGAAAAGCUGGAAGCUCUGUACCAAGCAAAAGGCAUCUCAAAUCGGUUGUAUUUGAAGGAACAAUUUCAUACCUUACGGAUGGAUGAAGGUGUGAAGAUUUCAGAUCACUUGAGUAUUCUCAAUGGCAUUAUCUCUGAACUGGAGAGUAUUGGAGCAAAAAUUGAAGAUGAGGAUAAGGCGUUGAGACUCAUCUUGUCUCUUCCACGUUCCUAUGAACACAUGAAGCCAAUAUUAGUUUAUGGGAAGGAAACUCUGGUCUUUGCUGAAGUCACGGGCAAACUUCUUUUGGAAGAAAGAAGGCUGAUGAGUGAAGGACGUACUUCAUCGGAAAAUUCAGCAAUGGUGGCCUUUAGCAGAGGGAGAAAGAAAGACUCCAAGGGCGUUGUUUGUUGGAGGUGCGGAAAACCCGGCCAUACGAAGCGAAACUGUCCAGGUGGAGCUUGUCGAGGUGGAGCGGAUUCGGCAGAAAGCUCCGAACAAGCAGCUAACAUCGUGUUUGAUGAUGUCCUUUGA